AUGAGGGAAAUGUUCGCUGCGAAUCCUAAAAGAUUUUCAGAAUUCAGUCAGACUUUGAGUCUUCCUGGCGGUACUAUUCUCUUGGACUACUCAAAAAACCUAAUUGACACUCAAAGUUUUGAUCAACUUAUCAAACUGGCUAAAGAUAGCAAUGUUGAAAAAAUGCGCGAUGACAUGAUGGAAGGAAGAAAAAUUAAUUUCACAGAAGAUCGAGCCGUCCUUCAUAUAGCUUUGCGAAACCGAUCAAACGUCCCGAUUGUGGUCGAUGGGAAAAAUGUUAUGCCGGGAGUUAACGCAGUUCUUGAACACAUGUCUAAGUUUUGCGAUUCUGUUAGAUCUGGUGAGUGGAAAGGCUACACAGGAAAGCAAAUAACAGAUGUCGUUAAUAUUGGCAUUGGUGGUUCAGAUCUUGGUCCAGUAAUGGUUACAGAAUGCUUGAAACCUUAUGCAUCACAUAUUCGAGUACACUUUGUUUCAAAUAUAGAUGGAACACACAUUGCGGAAACAUUAAAGAAAGUAAAUUCAGAGACAGUUCUGUUUAUCAUCGCCUCCAAGACCUUCACUACUAUUGAAACGAUGACCAAUGCUAACUCUGCCAAACAAUGGUUCCUAGAACAUGCGAAAAAUGUUUCUCACGUGGCCAAGCACUUUGUUGCCUUAUCAACUAAUGCAACAGAAGUCUGCAAAUUUGGCAUAGCACCAGAAAACAUGUUUGAGUUUUGGGAUUGGGUUGGAGGUCGUUACUCAUUAUGGUCUGCUAUAGGUUUAUCUAUAGCUCUUUACGUAGGUAUGGAGAAUUUCAUUAAAUUGUUGGAAGGAGCUCAUGAAAUGGAUAAACAUUUCAAAGAAACGCCAUUACAUAGAAACCUUCCUGUCAUCCUAGCUGUGUUAGGUGUAAUGUAUAUCAAUAUUUAUGGGGCAGAAACUCAAGCAAUUCUACCAUAUGAUCAAUAUAUGUCACGCUUUGCUGCAUAUUUCCAACAAGGUGAUAUGGAAUCAAAUGGAAAGUUUGUUAGACGUGAUGGCAAAGAAGUUGAUUAUUCCACUGGUCCCAUAGUUUGGGGUGAACCAGGAACAAACGGUCAACAUGCAUUUUAUCAACUUAUUCAUCAAGGCACACGCUUAAUCCCAUGUGAUUUCUUGAUACCAGUGCAUACACACAAUCCAGUUCAAGGUGGCUUACAUCAUGAGAUUCUCCUAUCUAAUUUUUUGGCUCAAACUGAAGCUUUAAUGACUGGUAAAACAAAAGAAGAAGUUCAUAAGGAAUUGUUUGCUGCUGGAGUUACUGGUGACUUAUUAAAUUCACUUGCAUUGCAUAAAAGUUUCAAAGGUAAUCGUCCAUCAAAUUCCAUUGUGUUCACCAAAUUGACACCAUAUAUUUUGGGUGCUUUGAUUGCCAUGUAUGAACAUAAGAUAUUUGUUCAAGGAAUUAUAUGGAAUAUUAAUUCCUUUGACCAAUGGGGUGUGGAGCUGGGAAAACUGUUGGCCAAGAAAAUUCAACCAGAAUUAACUACCAAUGAACUGGUCACUAGUCAUGACUCUUCAACAAAUGGAUUAAUUGCAUUUAUUAAAAAUCAUCGAAAGUAA